AGCCGACGGGACGCUGGCGCGCGCGCGUGUAGUGUGUCUAGUAGAACUCUGUAGAGCAAGCUUAGUGCCAGUAGAGCUAGAGCGGUGCGUUAGAGCGGUAGUCGUGUGCAAGGAGAGAGCGGCUGCAUAGCUGCACGCUGACCACGUAUAGUCUGGCGAGCAACACGAGCGAUAAGACGCGCGAUCGCUGACCGACUGUAGCCAGCGACCAUCCACUUGACGCUGCCACCGAUAUUUUGCGCGUGGGCGCGAACUGUAACGAGCGUGAGUUACUCUGCUAACAGCAAGAGAGAGAGAGAGAGACACACACAGACAGACAGACACGAAUUGUCUGUCCCCAACGGCCAUUGCCUCUCGCCGAUUCGACAGGCAGACACGCGCAAGAGCUGCGUUAGCAGCGGACCCGCGCGUCGUUCGAGAACCCAUUAACCAAAGAGAGGAAAAAAAGACGCGGUUCUAAGUUCCCGUACACGCUUUGAAAAACAGUACGCGCAUCCACCGCGUCGCGUGCGGCUUUUCUCAUUUGCCGCCGCUGCUGUGCUGUGCUGCUGCUGCUGUGCUGCGGAGGCAACAUACACAUAACGAAAAUGGCGGUGUUGCUCCGCGCCGCUGAGUUGCUACCCUGCUACUUCUAUUACCGCUGCUGUAGCAACUUGUAGUCGAAGAAACAAACCGGAAAGAGAUUGGGAUCGCAGAGUACAACGAGGAUGCUGCUUAGACCCUGUGAACCGGGAAUAAGUGUGACUGCUGCUGCUGCUUCUGUCGCUUACCCUGCUGUUCGUAGGACGAGGCGAGAACAGCCAGUAUCUCACUGCCAGAAUCUAUGAUACAUAUAGCUGAUAACUUGAUUAUUGUGAGGAGGAAUCUUGGAAAAUUAGAAUAGUUGAUAUUUUCUACAGAAGAAUAAGAAUAAAAUUUUGUAUAGCAUUUUUGAUAAUCAAUUAAGGACAAUUGUAACGUAAUGUGGCAAAGUGCUGUUGAAAAAGUGCGAAGCAGCCGGCUGCAUUGAUCAAUAGUUGUGUACUGUGUACAUGUGAGAAAUAGAAAAACUAAACUUUCUUCAUGCCGAUGCCGGCCGAAUAUCACGAAAGUCACAGCAACCACGAGAACGCUAAUUUCGCUCUCGGAGGCUAUCAAGACUCUAGCAACAUGACAGCCAAUAUGUAUAGAGUGGGAGAUUAUGUCUAUUUUGAGACAUCGUCGAACUCCCCUUACCAGAUACGAAGAAUAGAGGAGUUGAAUAAGACGGCCAAUGGUAAUGUGGAAGCCAAGGUGAUGUGCUUCUUCAGGCGGAGGGACCUGCCGCCGACCCUGAUCAUGCUCGCCGACAAACACCAGUUGGCCGAGCAGCAGAGCUCGGACUUGCCGAAGCUGCUCGCCGAGGAGUCUGCCAAGGACGAGGCGGCGAGCCUCGCAGCCAGUUCCCCCUGGCUCGACUGCCACCACGCUGCUGUUGGAGUGGACGAGAGCGUCGCGAAGGCGGCGGCAGCAGUGGCGGCGGCGGCGGCAGCGGCGUCGUCGUCGAUGCCGGGCAACGGCAGCAGCAGCAGUAGCAGCAGCAGCAGCGCCAGCGCCGGCGCCGAUGGCAUCGCGGGCGCGGGAGCGGCGUCGGCAGCCGUGGCCGCGGCCACGGCGGCGGUCGUGGCCGCCACCAACCUGGGCAACCAGGCAGCCAGCGAGCUGAGCCUGAAGCAACGCCACCAGAUGAAGCACCGCGAGCUGUUCCUGUCGCGCCAGGUGGAGACCAUGCCCGCCACCCACAUCCGCGGCAAGUGCUGCGUGACCCUGCUCAACGAGACCGAGUCGCUGCUGACCUACCUGAACAAGGAGGACUCGUUCUUCUACUGCCUGGUGUUCGACCCGGCGCAGCGCACGCUGCUCGCCGACAAGGGCGAGAUUCGCGUGGGCAGCCGCUACCAGGCGGACAACAUCGCCGCGCACCCACUGUCGGCGGCGGAACGCGAGGCCGACGCGCGCCGCCAGCAGGACCUGGAGCAGCUGGUCUGGACGCCGCGGCACUCGCUGACCGACCGCCAGAUCGACCAGUUCCUGGUGGUGUCGCGCUCCGUGGGCACUUUCGCGCGCGCCCUCGACUGCUCGUCCUCGGUGAAGCAGCCCUCGCUGCACAUGUCCGCGGCCGCGGCCUCGCGCGACAUCACCCUCUUCCACGCCAUGGACACGCUUCACCGACACAACUACGACGUGGCCAAGGCCAUGUCGAGCCUGGUCCCGAGCUCGGGCCCGGUGCUCUGCCGCGACGAGAUGGAGGAGUGGUCGGCCUCCGAGGCCAACCUCUUCGAGGAGGCGCUCGAGAAGUACGGCAAGGACUUUGGCGACAUCAGAACGGACUUCCUGCACUGGAAGAGCCUCAAGAACAUCAUCGAGUACUACUACAUGUGGAAGACGACCGACCGCUACGUGCAGCAGAAGCGCGUCAAGGCCGUCGAGGCCGAGAGCAAGCUCAAGCAGGUCUACAUACCGAACUACAGCAAGGGCGCCGCGCAGAACUCGGCGCCCCCGGCCACCACGCAGGGCGGCGCCUCCAUCAUCCCCAUCGGCAACAGUCAGCCGCCCAGCAGCAACGGCAAGCCGCAGCCGGCCUCCGUCAGCAUUCUCAACGGCAGCAGCAACGGCAACCUGGCCCAGGACGCGGCCAUGCUGCUGGCCGCCGCCUCGGGCAAGCCGUGCGAGAGCUGCCAGACGCUGCAGAGCGCCCAGUGGUACCCGUGGGGGCCGUCGCACAUGCAGUACCGCCUCUGUCAGCUCUGCUGGACCUACUGGAAGAAGUACGGCGGGCUCAAGGUAAGUCGCCGGCGCGCCGCCGACCUCGGACUCGCGCUCAUCGCCGCGCGCCCCGGCUUCCCUUUACCUUUGCAGUGCCCCACGCGAAUGGACGAGAUCGAGGCCGAGCGCAAGCGCAGCGGGGCCAACUCGGACGAGGAGGGCAAGGGCGCCGCGGGCGCGCACCGGCCGCACCGCUGCAGCAUCCCCUCCUGCGGCAAGGAGUUCAAGCUCAAGGCGCACCUCAGCCGCCACUACGCCUCGGCGCACGGGCUGGACGUGCGGGGCGGCGCCGGGACCGGCGGCGUGCCCGCCGGCGUGCCCACGGUCCUGGGAGUCGGCGGCGGCUCGCCGCGACCCGUCAUGAAGACGCGCUCGGCCUUCUACCUGCGCACCUCGGCGCUGGCCCGCGCGGCGCGCCGCCUCUGCGCCGCGCAGCUCAGGAGCCGGCACGCGGCGCGCGCGCCCCACCAGCCCAUCAACGCGGCGCCGCUGCGGCACCUCUGCGCCUCGCCACAGCUCGCUGCCAAGACGCCGCAGGAGCUGCGCCUGCUGGGGCGCGCCCCGCGCCCGCGGCUGCGGCCGCGCGUCAACGACAUUGCCACGCGCCUCGGCGACCACCCCCAGCCCAGCAAGCCCGGCGACUGGGACUGGCUGCUGCUCACCGCUCCGGGCAUGCUCAAGCAGCCCGAGCACGUCUCCUUCCCGCGGCCCCCCAAGGCGCCAGACGGCAGUCUUCUUUACGAGAGAGUGCCCAACAAGUCGGACGUGGUCGAUCGACUCUCCGCCACUCCUCCCGUUCCACCCAUUUUGCAGACGCCACAAAACACUUUGAAGCGCACAAGGGCACCGUUCGAUGAGCUGAACGGCGCGGAUGGUAUAGCCAUCAACGCAGUCUCGCCGGGGCAGCCGCCUCCGAAGCGCGCACACCAUGCUCAGCCACUGCAUGCUAACGCGCGCGCCGAUCACCCCACUGCCGCGAGUCCGGCUACCGUGGCCGGGGCGUCCGUGAUACCGCCUCUGGUUACGACGCCACUCAAUGGUCGCGCCGCUCAUCCUCACGGUAUGCUGUCUCAGGGGCCCAUGUCUCGGAGCAACGCUCGCAAACAAGUCAUGUCCUGGAUGGAUGCCCCCGAUGACCUCUACUUCCGCGCUACGGAGCAGACCAAGAGAAUUAGAAAAACUUUGACGGCCAUAGAGUUGCGACGAGCCGCUCGCAAGCCUUGGCGUCGACUGAAUGUACCUCAACGGACGGUACGAUCCGACGACAUGGUCGUCAUACUCGACUGAAUGAGUUUGGAAUCUCGAGACUUUGGCACGAUUUCGAGGAAGCAGUAGCGAUAACGAGUGUGAAGAGCUGAUAGCCAGUAUAUGCGCGAUCAAAAGAAAGAUCUAUAAUAGAAUAUAGCGAAUGAUGCGUGCUUUGUGCUCUCGCAGUCUUUGAGCGGCCGAGGCCAAAAUACAAUAUAGUGAGCGUCGCUAAAUUGACUAAAAUGGUGAACGAUUAAGUAACAUGCUAAUGACGACUAGUGACCAUUAAACUUUCGAUCGAUAUGUGUUGAUAUCCUCAAUUUUCAAAAUGAAAUCGAGUCAUUCAUCGUGAACUAUAAUUUUCUAUUCGUAUCAAUUAUAUUGUUGUUAUUAAUAAUAAUUAUUAUUAUUAAUUAAAUGUACAUAUGCAUAUGAGCGCCACACACAAACAUACACAGCCAUGGGCACACGUAAGUACGUAAUAACGAUGAAAAUGCAAAAAAAAUGUCGUAGCGGAACUAGGUAUCAUAAUUCAAAUGGCUUUCAGGAGUGAGGUUAUUAAUUGUUCUUUUGUUUUUAUGUUCUUUGAGUUCGUUAAUUAGUAUAAUUAAGUGAUGUGGAUUCGUGCUCGUCAAAAAUUUUGUACAAACAUCGAAAUCCUAAAUAUGUUUAUUUACUUAUGUAUAUGUAGUGAGUUAGUUAAUUUUCUGAUACACAAUCAAGCUUAGUUUUAGUAUUUUAUUAAUAUCAGUGCUCUUCUCUAACACUUCUUAUUAGAUAAAGAAAAAAUUAAAUAAAAAAAUGAUUAGCAUAAGAAUUUUUUUUUGUCGAAAAUUGAAAAAUAAAAGUACUCCUGUAUCAAGUCUCGAGUAAAUGCCUAGUUCUGUAUAUAAUUAUUAUAAAUACAUGCAUAAUAAAAAGUAAAAAAUAAAAUCCAGAAAUGGAAACAUCGGUGAUUUAAUAGCGUAAGCAAGGAUGGUUAUCCGUGAUGUGUCCAAGCUGCGUCAAGGUGCGACAUUUAAUAAGAAAUGAAACUUUAAAGAAAUUGUCGAGUAUAUUAACGCCAAGUUCGCUGACCCGUAUUUACACUAGACGAAUGCGCGCGACCACGGUAAGGCGAAGAUUGUGCGAAAGAACGCGAGAGCAAAUGAGAGAAAGAAUGCUCACUGUGAAUAUUUUUAUUAAAUUUUCAAGUUUGAUGACUUCCGUCGCAACAAUUAAUAA